ACCAUGGAUCGCCUUCCACUGGAGGCCAUGGAGCCUGCCCAGGCAACAUGUUCCUAGCUUUAGUUCUUCGCAGUUUGCGCGGUUGGCUGCAAGAUUAUGUUGGUUUGGACCUGGACCACUCUGACUAUGCCUUCGAACAUGUGAGUCAUUCACAUGUGCGCUUCGAGCUGAAAGAUGUGGUUCUCACCAGUGCCCUAUGGCGAUUUUUGGUGGGACCCAUCUUGCCUUUGACUGUGCAAGAAGGGCAGGUGGACCAGGUGAAAGUGGAGGUCAACCCGGAGAAGCUUUCAGUGCACAUUUCUGGGGUGCAGGUGAAGUUGCGCAAGCUACAACCGGAGGAAUGGUGUCCGGAAGCAGAGGCUUACAAGAAAAGGCUCUUAAAGGAGAAGCACAUGUUCGCCUCGGGUUCGAUGGCGCAGACCGAGUUACGUCGCUGGAUCAAAGCCAAGAUUAGCGUCUCAGUACUGGAUGCCAAGGCAGUCCUGGAGGAACCUGACUUUGGACCCUGUGCAGUGCUGGGCUAUUUGCAUGCAGUGCACGUGGCUGAUCCUGAUCAUUCUUCUUGGACCGAUGUGCCUUCAGAGGGCGUGCGCACGGCUGCACCUUGGGACGUGCGUGCACGGGACGAGCAUAUGCAGAUGGCCAAGGACGUUCUCAUCUCGGGCAUUCGAGGGUUCUUUCUCAGUGGCCCUGAAUUGGAACGACUGGAGGAAGCUCUGCGUGAUGUGCGGGAGGCACAGUGGGAGUCAGCAGCCCUAUGUCCCGAACUCCAAGUUGCAGCAUGCUAUAGGAAUUUCGACUAUGGGGCCUUGCAGGCUCCGGAGCUGGCUGCUCUGGCCCAGCGUUCUGCGCGGCGGGUGCUGACCAUCAAGGCGCAGUGUCAGAAUUGGGGCGCUCAUCAUCCUAUGACUCUGAAACUGUCGACGGAGAGCUACAAGUACCUCACUGGUUUUCUGGCCAACAUGGUGGCAGGGCGCAAGCCCAGUCUGCAGGAAGCAGAGCGCUACAUCUCGCUCUGGAAGCAGUACCUCUCUGGGUCCAGUCUGAUGGGGCGCGGCUCGGAACUCUGGAGGUUGGAAGAGGAGUUGCUGUGGGGCUUCUGCCAACGCCUGCGACGCCUGGCCGAGGAGGAGAUGCUUUCUGGACGCACGGAGCCGCCCCCAUUCCCAUCCUGCUGCAAUGGAGGAGGAACCGGCAGCGGCCGCUUCUGCCAAUCGCCCGAGCAUCGGUGUAGUACCUCCAGGCCAUGCAUCGAGACCGAUGGGACCCAAUCGCAGGAGGCCCCAUACUUUGAGGAGGAAUUGCACCGCAGUACUCUGCCCAAGCUCUCUCCGCAGAUCCCAGAGGCGCAGGUGCUCAGAUGCUUAAGCCUCGAUGGUACAGGUGUUGAGGAUGAACCCGAAGCAGAAGCUGGAGCAGAGGAGUCGCCGGUCUGUGCUGCGCGGGAAUUCUUGUUGGACUCUGUGUACAAAAUUGAGCUGCCAUGUUUUCGGGCGGUCCUGGACUUCACUGAGCUGGAAGGAGAAACGGCCAGCCUGGAAGGAGAUCUGCCGGACUUGGAAAUUGUGUAUUCCAGUCAUUUGGAUUGCAGGUUCCUGUCGGUGAGCAGCAGCUGUGGUACCUUCAGUGAAUCGCAUUUUGGCAGCCAAAGUCAUAAUGAAGCCUUCAGAGGAGCUGCAGCUCUGCACUGGGAACGGAUGCGCAUCGAAUCCACCAACUUUGGUGAGAUGAAACGACAGGUGCGCAUCAGCAGCAACCCAAAGCUCAAUGUCGACCUACGGCGCUUGUGGCUUUAUCUCAGGCAUUUUCCAGGGCUGCGCGACAACGAUCCCUAUCUGGAAGCCAUUCGCAGCUGGUUUCCAGAUCAGUGUGGAAGCCCAGUCGAAGUCGCUCUGAAUCCCCAGCUGAGAAUUCCCCAGAACAUCCCCGACGAGCUCUCAGCUUGCCUGUCCGUGGUGGGUGCCAGCAGGCAAACGACUUGGAUGGUGGAUGUACCCCUACUGCGACUUCCACUAGGGCCAGAGGGAAUGCCAGUCAUGGAAUUGAUCUUUGGCAAUGCUAAGCUGGCUUACAGUUCCUUGUACGGCGUGCAUUCCUUUUUGUUGCCAGAGGCGCAAGUCUUUUUUCAUGGAAACAGAGCAGCAGAGAACAACCAGAGGUCAGUGCUGUUGCUGAAGGAUUUGGAGGUGAAUCGCCUGGGCGAUUUGAGUCGCAACUGGGCGCAGGAUACGAUCAAAGAAAAGAUCGCGACGGCUUUGAAGGAGAACUUGAAGAUGGAUGAACGGGAGUUCACCAACCCCUGGAGCACGCAGGACAAGGCGUCGGUUCUCCAAGAGUCCCGGUGCUUCAGCGAUGCGCCCAUCGAUUCGGUGAAGUGCCUGAACUUGCUGACGCGGAUCAUCUACUUGAUACAGCAAGGCGAAAAGUUCACAGCGCAGGAGCUGACGAAUCUCUUUUUUGGAGUGACCAAACUCUUUCAGGCUCAAUGCACACGGCUGAGAAGAAUGGUGUACCUUGUGAUCAAGGAACUGGAGCCUUCGGAAACGGAGGUCUUCAUUUGCAUGUCUUGCCUCAUCAAAGACAUGAAUAGCAAGAACGAUUGCUUCCGAGCCAACUCCAUCCGGGUUCUUAGCCGCGUUUUGGAUCCAGCCAUGGCUGCGCAAAUCGACAGAUACCUCAAGACAGCAAUUGUCGACAAGAACCCCUUCGUGUCGUCAUCGGCGUUGGUCUGUGGAAUGACCUUGCACGCCACUGUGCCGGAUGUCGUGAAGCGCUGGGUCAAUGAGAUCCAGGAGACGGUGAACUCCAAGCAUAGCAUGGUGCAGUUUCAUGCGCUGGCGCUGCUGUACGAGUUGAAGAAAGGCGAUCGCCUGGCGCUGCACAAAGUUGUGACCUCCAUGGCCAGGAACAGCCUCAAAAGUCCCAUGGCCGAGUGCCUCUUGGUGAGAUACGCCACACAGACGUUGAUGUCGGAGCGUGAUGCCACGGUGGAGAGGACCCUGAUGUCCUACCUGGUUCCAUGGCAGCAAGUGAUGCUGAAGGGGAUGAUGUUCGGGAGAUGGACAAGGUAUGAAAAGGCAGCGCGGGCGUUUUGCCAGCUGGCAGCUCUGGAUACUGAGGGCGCCAGUGGUCAUACUGUGCUGGGCUACGACAUGACCCACGCCACUACCAUCCUGCAAAUCUUCUUGACGUCCCCCAAACCGGUGGUGCGUUUUGGUGCCAUCCGCACCCUCAACACGUUGGCACAGACCAGGCCGCAGACUGCAUCGAGGUGCAACUGCGACAUGGAGCCGUUGCUGUCGGACCAGAACCGCAACACCGCCACGUUGGCGCUCACCACGCUGCUGAAGACAGGUCAUGAGUCGAAUGUGGAGAGAUUGGUGAAGCAAAUCUCUUCCUUCAUGUCGGACAUCACGGAAGUCUUCAAAGUGGAGGUGGUGAGGGCUGUCAAGGGCCUCUGCUUGUUAUAUCCUGGGAAGUACAAGGUGCUGAUGUCCUUCCUGUCGUCCAACCUGCGUGAAGAUGGCACCGCUGAGAUCAAAAAGGACCUGGUGGAUGCCUUGAUCUUGAUCAUCUCCCAGGUGCCAGCAGCCAGAGAGGUGGGUUUGCUUCACCUUUGCGAGUUCAUUGAGGACUGUGAGUAUCCCAACCUCUGCACGCGCAUCUUGGGAUUUCUGGGUGAGGAGGUGCCGGGCACAUCGCAUCCUGCCAAGUACAUUCGUUUCAUCUACAACAGACUCAUUCUGGAGAACGCCUUGGUCCGGGCCGCUGCAGUGGAUGCCUUGUCCAAGAUUGCCAUGAAAUGCGCCAACCUGCGAAAGGAUGUCCUUCUCCUGCUGCAGUUCGGCGCCAAUGACAACGACGACGAGGUUCGAGAUCGCAUCAACCUCUACAGCACCGUCCUGCAACAGUGUGUGGACGAUAAUGAGGUGGCCAAAACGGGCUAUGAGAUGCUCAUGUCCUCGGAGACCAACUUCUCCGUGGACGCCUUGUACGACAGCUUGGUGGAUCAGAUGCAAAAUGGCAGCAUGGACCAGAUUUUGGAUUUCGGCAGUUUGCCUACCAGCGAGGCCUAUGCUGCCACCGCCAAGGCCAAGGCCGCCCUGGAGCCGACCCCGAAGAAGCCGGGCGCGCCGGCGCCCAAGGCGCCUGCGGGCUCGCAAGCGCCUGCGCAGGAAGCCGAGCAGCGUGCCUCCGCCUCCGCGGAGCUCAGCAAAGUGCUGCAGGAGUUGGGCGCGACAGACCUGGGCUCGUUGCAACACACCUGCAAACCCAAGCCCCUCACAGAGAGCGAGGCGGAAUACACCGUGCAGGUCAUCAAGCAUAUGUUUUUGAAGCAUAUGGUGUUGGAAAUGUACGUGUCCAACACCGUUCAAGGUAUCACCUUGGAAGAGGUCCAGGUGAACCUGACAGGUUUGGAGCCCAACUGGACGGAAUUGGGUGCCUCCGCAGUGACCCGCUUGGAGUAUAGUCAAAACGGCUCUGCUCACGUGCUGCUGCGGAAGAAUGCGGGGCAGGACACCGGCGGUGUGGUGCCGGGAAGCUUCGGAGCCUCGCUGCGUUUCAUCCUCAAGGAGGAGGGGGACGACCUUGGCUACGAGGAUGACUAUCCCGUGGAAAAUGUGACCAUUGGCACUGGUGACUACAUGUUCCCAAGGUCGCUGCAGCAAGGGCAAUUCCGCUCGGUCUGGGAACAGUUGACAGCGCAAGGCACCGAAGUGACGCAGAAGCUCAGUUUGAACUUCAAGACGCUUGAAUCAGGUGUGGACUGGAUCAUUGCGACCCUGAACAUGCAUCCCUGUGACAACACCGGGAAAGUGGAGCCGGGUGGACGUGGACAUACAGCAUUGUUGAGUGGCACCUUCUUGGGCGGCCAGACCUGCCUGGUGAAGGCUCUGGUUGGUAUGGAUGCGGAACGGGGCUGUGUGGCGCGCGUCAGCGCGCGCGCCAAAAGUCACGAGGUGUGUCAGGUUCAGUUGCAGAACUUGGAUGUAGAUGUGAAGCCCUUCCAGUUCAACUGUACUCACUUGCUAGGUGGUCCCUGUGCGAUCCAGGAAACUGCCAGGAAAACAGGUUCUUUGGUGUUUCAGACUUGCAGUAGCGACGUCUUCUCUGAGGACAUUUUUGCGUAUCACCAGGGGGCAUUCUCUGUGGACUGCAUUGGCAAUUGCUUUAGCACUCAUCACUUCAACCCGGAAUUUGUCUUUGGCCCGAUCAUUGCAGAGAUCUUUGUUGGCCACUAUAAGACUGAAUAUUUCCAGGUCAUUUGCUUUAGCACUACAUCAGUCCUACGAACCCAGAAGCCCAAGGACAUUUUUGACGAUUUUGCGGGUGUCUUCUUUGAAGAGUUGGAUUACCCUUGUCACUGUGUCAACAUCAUGGCUCAGCAUCCUGCAGGAUCAGCCGGAUCCAUUCCACUCACUGAGUAUCGCCGUGAAGUGCCACCAGGUUGGGGUCCAGGUCUGCCGGAUUACCCACUCCGUGCCUAUUUUGAAAAAUUACGGCUGUGGUAUAGAGUUUUCGAUGGAGCAGACGAAGUGGUAGGACCACUAGUGGCCGGCAGGCUGACUGGUCGCGCACAGAAAUUGGCGAUCAAUUUGAGGUUACCACGCCCCAACGGCGGUUUUGACAUUGGCGACGAAGCCUUGGUCAGGCUCAGUGUUGAUGAGGUCAGGGAUCCAAAUGAUCCCACAGUGAUUUUGCAACAUCACAUACCCAGUGGAGUUCAAGCCCUCUGCAACGCUCUACGUGAUGCAUUUGGCCAGAGCGAUCAAGAUAUGGUGUCAAGGUCAUUAGAGGCAUUCUUUGAGUUCAAGCGAGGAAAGCUUUCUUUGCAGGAGUAUGCAGUGGAAUGGGAUCUCAGGUAUGAUGAGGGCGAAACGAGAAGCAACUUGCAGUUGAAUCAUGUAGCGAAGUUCUACCUCUUCUUCAAGCAAAGCAAUCUUCCGGCCAAGUUCAUCGAGGACAUCAAGUUGCAGAUACACGGAGACCUCGCCAGGUUCAACGAGGCACGAACCCUGGCGCUGAGGUUGAGCCAACGUGGACAAGAAGAUUCCGACCACAUCUUCUAUGAAGAACAAUCUGCAGAUGGCGAUCUACAGUCUUGGCGAGAAGAAGAAUGGCAAGACUGGACAGACUGGCCUGAUAGGUCAGGAAACUACUAUGGAGAACAUGACGAUGGCUGGAUUGACCCUGGAGAUCAGUAUGACCAAUGGUGGAAUGACUGGCCUCCAACCGACUCCUACUACGACCAACAGUGGGACUCAUGGCAAGAGGAGCACAUUGCAGAGCCUGCCACAGACAACUACGACUCACAGGGCCAAGAGCAUGAACCAUCUUCAGAUCCACCUCAUGAAGAAUACUACAAAGGCAAGGGCAAGAACGCGAUGGCUCUUGGCUGCGCAAUUUGUGGCAGCAAAUGGCAUUCCUCCACAGCUUGUCCUGUCAAUGUGCCCAACAACAACAAGGGCAAGAACUACAAUCCAGGCUACAAGGGCAAGAGCUUUGGCAAGUAUCGCACUCCCUACAAGGGCUAUGGCUCCAAAGGCAAAGGACAUGGUUUUCGACCAUGGAGCAGCGGCAAAGGCAAGUCCAAGUUUGGCAACAAGGGUUAUGGCAAGAAAGGGAAGCGAUACUAUGUGGAAGGAGACCAUUACUACAGUGGCUAUGCAGAACGAGCUCCUCUGAACACCAGUCAUGUUCGACAAGAUUCACAGACGGCCACAUCAUCAUCUACAACCAGUGUCAACAGACCCACCAAGGCGACAUACUACCGCAUGGAUGCUGACGAUGAUCUCAUCAAGCUAUCAAGACCUUCCAAGACUACGUCAACAUCUUCUGACAAUCAUGAAUCCAUGAAUCAGGAGAAGAAUGAGAAAGUCCUCAGCUUUGCAAUGUUCCUCAACGACAACAAGGGCAUUGCAACGUAUCACACCGUCAAGGGCGAGAAACGUCGUGGACUUCUCAUAGAUCCUGGAGCAGCGUCAGGCCUUGUGGGAUCAGAGACAUUGAGAGACAUCAUGGAGCAUUGCAUUCCAGAAGACCAGCAACCAGAUCGAAUCUCCUGGAACAAGAAGACGACAUCGGUCUCCGGCAUUUCCGGUGAAGCUGACGAGACGCUUGGUGAAGUGUUGCUGAAGCUGAAGGUUUGUGACCGAGCUAUAUCCUACCGAGGUGAUGUUCUUGGCGGAGCAGGUUCACUAUGCCCAGCAUUGGUUGGAAACCCAACACUUCGACAACAACAAGCUGCACUCUUCAGCGACUGGUUUCCAGGAGGUGACGGAUUGUUGGCCAUUUGCAAGAAAGAACUCCUUGACCAUGACCAGAAGCCAAUUCUAUUACGACUUCUUCUCACAGACUCUGGCCACUAUCUUUUGCCCACAGAUCAGAAAACCAUGGAGAAGAUUCCCAACAACACUGGGAAGAAUGUGGCAUUCCUCACACGACAGAUCAUCCAACAGAGCAAGCAACUUUGGCCAGAUGAAGAACCGCAGGUCAGACAUUGCUUCUUCUUGAACAACUACUCAGACCAAGCGGAGACGGAUCGGAGUGAACAACCAUUGGUCCAACAGGAACAACCAGCUGGUGUGACGACAGAGGGAGUCAUGUAUGAGAAGAAAAAUGAGAAAGAAGCAUGCUCCACUGACCGUCCCCAGGUGGCACCUUUGGAUCAAUUGGUUGAUUCCCUCAAGAAUGAUCAGAUGCCGACGGAAGCCAUUGAGGUCAACAACUUUCAGAACAUGACCACUUCGAUGCAACAGGAAGCCUUAGACCAGCGACUCAGCAAGCCCAUCAACAACCAGAAAGAUGUUUGGACAGUUUCAGGACAAUGGCUCGUCAGAGAACAUCGAGUCUCCAGAAGGACACUCUACAGUCCUGCAUGUUCCAAAGAUUGCCCUGUGUCGCUGGACAAGCUUCUUCCAGACCGCGCACAGAAGUGGUCUAUGAUCAUAUCAUGGACAGGAAAGACAUGGUUUUUGAUGCCAGAUGACCUCGAGAAGUUCUGGCUCAACAAGCGAAGACUUGAUGGUUGGAUGCCGCCGUACACCGGCGAUCAAUUUCCUUUCAACGACGACAAGAAAGUUCGUGAUCUUCGUCAUGAAUACCGUGCCAUGCCAGAAGAGUUCUACACCAAAACUGGACGGCGACCUGUGACGCCUGACAACUUUGACCAAUGGAUUCAAGAGAUCACCCAGAACCACAAGGAACCAGCGUGCCACUUCAUGGAGUUGUACUCAGGCACGGGCCGCCUCAGCUUGACUAUGGCUACGGCUGGUUUGUCAGUGGCGUUCCCAGUCGAUCUUCGAUAUGGCUGGAACAUCAAUGACCCUGAACAUCAACGAAAGCUCUGGACGGCUAUCGACAUCCUGAAGCCUGGUGUGAUCUUUGCGUCGCCCAAGUGCAAGUAUUACAGCACUGCAGCGAACACCAUGAAUCCAGAGACGAAGUUGGAAGGACGUCUGGAAGAUGAACCAGGCAACCAUUUUCUUCAAAAGGUUUGUCAACAUCAAGCACAUUCUGGCAGAGGUUUUGUUGUAGAACAACCUUGGGGCUCCACCAUGUUUCAAGACAGCUCAGUUCAACCACAACACAUUGAUGGCUGUCGCCCAAAACAGAGAUGUGAUCAAUGCAUGUUUGGAGCUCAAGAUGAACUGCAACAGCCCAUCCAGAAAGCAACCGCUUUGAUGGCCAACUUCAAGUGCAAGAAAACUACGAAGCGAUGUGGAGGUCACAAAGGCCGACAGCAUGCACAUCUACAAGGCAAAGUUGGCGGAUUGAACCGCACCUCUCUUGCAGCUGUGUAUCCACGUCAAAUGUGUCAAGCACUUUGCAAAGACAUUGUUGGCUAUCUCAAAGACGUCCAGUACUUGAACAUUCCAGCAUGGCCGAGAAGUCUUCACUAUGUAUGGCAUAGUCAUCACUAUGCAUGCCCUAAGUGCAAGCUUGGCAAGAAUGCACCAGCAGGAACAGAACACACUUUGAUUCCGGGAGAAUGCCGCCACGGUCAAUGGCCAACAGCAGAUGGCAGAAGACCGAACAAGAAUGAAUCACUUGGAUCAGACCCUGUGACGGAGUGGAAGAAGGAGGCACGGAAGCAUCCACUGAAUGAAACCUUCCUUGACUUCCCCAAGGACUUUCCUUUGGCAAUUCAUCAGAGAACAUACUGGAAGGCAGCUCUUCAGCAAGCGAUCCAAGAUGCUCUCGCCAUCUUCAGCGAAGCCACCGACAUGGGCAUUGACUACAAGCAUUGGAUCACUGACCAAGUCCUUCUAGCUGUGCUCAGAGAGUUGCUGGAGAAAGUCAUGUACCUGAAGGGAGUCAAAGUGUGUCUCAAAGCCGACACAAAAGCCACUCCAGAACCACAGCUGUCCAAGCAUACAGCUCCAUUGCGCAUUCAAGUUCAUGGCACUGUCAAGCUUUGGACCAUGGAUCCAUUAGAAGAUUUGGCAACCUGCAGCCAUCGCCAGAUGACAGCACCAACUACGGCAGAAGCAUGGCAAAUCACAUUUUUUGGCAAGGAGUUGGAAGAAGGUGGAAAACGUCUCGACUCAGUUGCGAAGUCGGCACCAAGAACUCCGGCUGCUUCCAGAGCGAGCCCUUCAACACCAUCAGCUCCUAGAAUGCCACUUCCACAACAAGGACCUGAUCAACCAACAGAAGACAUUCUUGAUGACUCACCACCUGCGACACCUCAACAUGGAGCAGAUCAACAUGAUACACAGGAACAACAGCAACAAGCAGCACCUGCGUCACCUGACCCACAACAAGCAGUAGCAGGAGACAUUGAACCUGAAGCACCAUACGAAGAUCUACCUGUUGAGGAGUUCAAGCAUCGACCGAUGGUUUCUACGAAGCCUCUCUAUGAUUUCAGAAAAGUUUUCCAACGACUUCCACAGUUGGCCAAGGACAAGCCGGACACGGCUGUGCGACUGCUUCUUGGACUACAUGAGAAGUAUUGGCACUCACCACCGGGUGACUUGAAGAAUCUUCUUGCAAGAGUUGGUAUGCCAGUUGAAGUUCUGAACCUUGUCAGCGAUGCAGUCAUGAAAUGUCAGAUUUGCAGAAGGUAUGUUCGCCUUCCAAACAGGCCACAAACCAAAGUUCACAAUGCUGGCAACUUCAAUCAGGUCAUCCAAGCAGAUCUCUUCAAGCUCUUUGGAACAUGGAUCCUGCUCAUGGUGGAUGAGGCCACUCGCUACAAGGUAGCAGUCUCAACCCUUGGCCGCGAUGCACAAGAACUACAACAGAAGUUUUUGGAAAGCUGGAUGAGGUAUUUUGGACCUCCUGGAGCGCUCACGAUGGAUCAAGAAGCCUCUUUGAUGAGUCAUGAAGUUGCAGCAGAGUUUGAACGCCUUGGCAUUGAACGCAAGCCGAAAGGCACGACAGCUGGCGCUGCAGGAGCCCAACAUACCGGGACAGGACUCAUUGAACGACAUGCAGGUCUCAUGAAACUUACCAUGCUGAAGUUGAAGGCAGAACUUGAUCGUCAAGGCAUCGUUGCAGAACCCAACGAGAUUGCCAUGGAAGCGGCUAUGGCGCAGAACUGCACCUUGAACUACAACGGUGUGAUACCAGCGAUGGCAGUGUUUGGUGUUCUUCCUCGAGGUUUCUAUGAUGAUGAAUCCCCUGGCGUACUUGCAGCUGCAGGAGCACUUCAGACAGAUCUGACAGUGUUCGAGAAGGCCCUUCGCAUCAGACAGAUGUCACUUGCUGCAGUACAACAAGCCAUUGUCGAGGACAGGACAGCCAGGGCAAAUCGAACAAGGUCACAUCGCCUUGACACAACAUCACUGAUCGCUGGCACUUCGGAGGUUGAGUUCUAUCGUGAAGUUCAAGGAGAUGCUGGAUGGCGUGGACCUGCCCUUCUCUUGAGGAUUGAUCCAGAUGAAGGAAUUGCAAUCAUUCAAUAUCAAGGGCGUCCCUAUUUGGUUUCCAUCAGACACAUCCGACACCACGUGCAGACCUUCCUUGGCGAGCUCAACAGCAUGAAGCUUCCUGACAAAGCGGAAGAUGAACUCUAUGACAUCAUGAAGAACACAGAGAUGGUCCCGCCAACCUGCAAACGACUUCUUGGACACGUACCUGAUCAAAAGGCCACGGGUGUGAUCUGGAGACAAGUGCCCACUGACAAUUUCGACGGCAAGAUGUUCGACAAGGCGAAAGCAGUUUCUCUGGCUCUCACCAAUCGACCUUUGUCAGGCAUCAUCUAUGGCAAGUCCUUGAAGUUCAUCAAGCCACCGAAAGACACAACUGGCCAUCUCAUCACAUGGAGUUUGGGAAGCAUGAAGUAUCACAUACAAGAACAUUGGUCAUCAGAUCCAAUCAAGCUGAAGAAAGUCACCAUGGAGAAGUUGGAAGAGAUUUGUUCCAUCUACCUCUUCUAUCACGUCUUCCAGAACGAAGAGAUCACCAACAGAGAAUGGAAGCACUCACAGCCGAUGGACAGCGAGCAGCAACAGCAGCAGCUUCCAGAUCUACAAGCACCAGGUGACCAACCUCAACCAAUGGAUGCAGAUGACACAGAUUGCUCAGAGCAACAUGGACAGAAACGUGAUGGUCCAGACUCAAGAACCGUUGUCAUUGCGCCAGAGAAGAAGAAGAUGCGUACGGCAUACUGGAGUUCUCAUUCAGUUUAUUACAAGGCAUCUUCCCUGCACUACCUGUUGGAUCGCCGACGACGCAUCAAGACCGAUGCACCAACAAGCUGGACAGGAACACAACUCUGGGCUGACAACACCCUCACUGAGCAGUUUUUCCAAGAACAGCAGCAGCACACAGCAGUCAAAGGACGAGGUGAAUAUCUCUUCCACAUUGGCUCCAGCAAGAAUGCACUACUACAUGUGGACCUCAGAACAUCUGAUGUUUGGAAGGUUGACACAGAGCAUGAUGACAUCACUGAAGAUGACGUUUACAAGAUUUGGCCACAAGUAGAUGCAGCAGACCGAACAGAAGUUGAACAGUUUGUGCAAGAGCAAGCAUUCAAGAAGAUCCACAAAGACGCCUUCACCGAUGACAUGGUGGUGAUCGACGCAAGAUGGGUCCGAAAAUGGAAGAAACUUCCUCAUGGUCAGCGCAAAGUGAAGAGCAGACUUUGUGCGCGAGGGUGCUUGGAUCGACAGAAAGAUCUGUUGACUACUCGCAGCACUACCGCGACUCGUCUCAGCCAGAAAAUGGGAAUCAACAGUCCUGUGAGGACAGUAGUAGUGAUUCCGCCACUCAACACAUGGCGACACCUUGCAGCCUGCUCCUCAGACUUUGCCGUUCGAGAUCCAGAACAAUGGGGACUUCUAUGUUUGAAACCAGUCUAUGGACUCAAUGAUGCACCACUUGCAUGGCAGCUUUGUUUGCAGCAGUAUUUGCGCGAGAUCAAAGGAGUUCCCAGUGCUAUGGAUGAAAACAGCUGGAGAUGGAAGCGCGAUGAUGGCAGCAUCCUAGCGCUUUGCACAUGCCACGUCGAUGACAUGGCGAUUGCAGCACCACAACAAUGGUUGGAUGAGCACUAUCAGGCAUUUGUCAACAAGUUCAAGAAGGUCACCCGGCAGAUUUUGCCAUUUGAGCAUUGCGGUGCAAAGUACGAAAAGAUACCAGAUGGCUAUCGCAUGAUCCAGGAUGACUUUUGCGAAAAGAUGACAGGUGCGAACAUCCACAAUGACAGGAAGGACAAUGACAAGCUGACGAAGGAGGAGACCACCAGCUACAGAUCAAUUUUGGGCGCGCUGCUAUGGUUGACGGCGACACGACUGGACUUGGUUGCAGAAGUUUCACACUUGGCGACACAUGUCACGACAGCAGAGAUUCGCCACCUUCGUUAUGCAAAUCAAGUUUUGAAGCGAGCCCAGGACAAAGAUUCACGAGGCGUUGGUCUCUACUUCAGAAAGCUGAACCCGAAGCAUGGUUUGAGAUUGGCAUGUUUUCGCGACGCGAGCUCACACACCAAGGAGAAAGCAUAUGCACAUGAAGGUGUUUUGGUUUUGCUCAUGGAAGACCACGUCAAACCACAGAGCGAGAUCUAUGAGCACUCGUGCGCAGAUGAUGAAGCACGUCUUCAUGGUGGACGAGCACACAUUUUGUGGAGUCAUGGAAGCAAGGCCAAAAGGAUUUCCUACUCUACCAGUCAUGCAGAGACGUUGGCAGCUAUCAAUGGACAUGAGUCUGCGAUUUUGGUGAGCAUACGUUUGAGCGAGAUGUUGCACAAGGACAAGACUCCUUCAUUGCAGCAGUUGGCAGCAUUGCAGGAAGCUGGAAACAUGCAGCUACCGAUUGAUGAUUACGGUGAUUGCAACGAUGUUUUUCAGCUGGUUACUGGAUGCAAGACUUUGCCUCAGGACAAGUCCCAACGUAUCUAUGUGCUCAGCCUUCGAAAAUCACGGCUCUCAGGCAGAAUCCGUUGGAUGGCUUUGAUUCCAACACAGUCCAUGAUUGCAGACUGCCUUACGAAACCUAUGAUUUCCAAGCAGAUGAUGAUGCUUCUUACAACCGGUGAACUCAACAUUGUGAAUGAGGAAAAGCACCAUGUUCAGAUGAAGCGGCUCCCUCCGAAAUAUGACAUUGAGGAGCGCGAUCUUGAAAUGAAUGACCAGGUGCUCAUCGACGAGUUCCACAAGGUCAAGUGCGAGCCGAAAAAUCUUUGGUGGACACCGAUGAUGGCGGCGGUGAAGAAAGGCAUGUUCCCUUUUGCAGUGCUUCUCACUUUGAGCAGCUUACCCAUUGUUCAUGCCGAGACAGGAGAGCAGAAAAGCCAAGACAGUUUUCUUUUCUACAUGCUUGUCAUUUUCACUUUGAUGAUUUUGGUGGUGGAACGUAUUGUUUGGCAUUUUGGUAGAAAGAUUCGUGAUUUUCUCAGGGAUUGUUUUUCUGAAGCCACAAGUGAAACAGAUGUUACUAUUUCUCAACAGAGUUCUUUGUCACAACAUUCUUCUAUGGCAUCUUCAUCAUUGAGUGCAAUGGCAACCUUGCAUGAUGCAGCGAUACAAACAGAUCAAACGAAACGGCUUCUUCCAGAACCAAAUCCUGUGACUAAGGAUGAAGAGAUCAAAAGGUUGGAGACGAAGAUUCACCAACUGGAGUAUGAAGCCGAAAACUACAAGGCUGAUUUGUGGCGCAUGAGGCAGCAAACGUCAUCAUUGACCAGACUUGGAAACGAAAACAGAGAUCUCAAAGCACAGAAUGACAUCUUGAAGAACCGAGUGAAAGCCAUGGAUGCACCGAAAUUGACCAGUGAGCACGUACCGGAACAUUUGUACGUCAUGGCACAUGGCGGCUGUUUCCAUUGUGAAGCUUGUUCCUGCGUGACGAACCCAAACACGCGGCCAGUGUUGAUGUUGCUGGUGAAGCACCUGUCCAUGUACGAUCCACAGAUUCGCUUCUCUUCCAGUUCCUCCAAGGAGUCAAAAGCUUCACGACCUUUGCCCCAGAUGUCCGUGAUGGUGCAGCAGGUGUCUGUUCGCUUGUGGCAGUCCGAAAUGUUUGACGCGGAAGCCAAGAUGCAACUGCAUUUGCACAUGCUCGAGUUCACCACAGUGAAGAAUUUGGUCGUUGGAGGAGCCAAUGCUGAAGGCGUGGUGCGACUGAAGCCUGGGAGCUCGGAGGUCGACCGCGCCACCAACAAACUAUGGUUUGUGUUGAAGGGCUUGAUCGGCCACAGCGGUGCUCGCGCGGGCGGCCGAAGUGUGUACCUCUGCUCGGCGCUGGAGGCGUUUCUUGAGAUGGUCACCAUGGGGGGCGCCCUGGGCGACUUCCAACGCAAUGCCUUGGAACUCACCGCUACAUGGACGCCAGAGAGGAAACGCAUCGUCCUAGUGACGAUGGAGUUGCAUUUCUCGCCCACGCAAGGCUUGGUAGAUGCGUGGCACUUGCUGAUGCCCAUGCUCAGCUCGAAGGACGCAGGUCAGGAGGCUGAGGCCGUGCCCACGGAGUACCGAAAGGGCGAUGCGCGGCCCGUUGACAGCUGCAAAGCGCAAAGUCAAGUGUGCUUGGUGAUCCAAGACGUCGAUCUCCACCUGCACUUCGGUUCUGCGGAAUAUGGUGCUGCUUUAGCCUUGUCGGAUGGCUUGCAGGAAGCCUGUGCCGGGCGGCCGGCCGCUGCGCGCGUGUGCGCACGGCUCACGGUGUUGGAAGCCGAGGAUAAAAAACAGUUCAAGCAACAAGAUGAAUGCGGGAAAGUUGCCCCCCGCACCAUGACGCGCUUCGACAGCGCGUUGCUGUUGCUGUCGCUGCUGCCGGGCGCUGUAAGCCACGCUGGGUUCUGGUUCUUUCGCAUGGGCUGCGAUGCCGUGCCCACGCCAAGCAAGAACGUGGGGGUCAUGGGCAACGAGCCCAAUGUGAUGACGGUGAGCAACGAGCUGAAGAUCUUGGGGACACGGAAGGGCUUUUACAAACCAGGAGAGACCUUGGAUGUCCGUCUGCUGACAGAGAACUACGAUGAACAUUUGCUGCACAUCACUGGCGGCGUCAUGCAGAACGACGAGACCUUGGAUGAGGACGACCAAGCCAGUGUGAAGUGCGACGGCAAGUUGGCAGCCUUUGGAAUCCCCAACACCAAACGCCGCAUCUAUUGGACGGCACCGCAAAGCGGUGUCGUGAAUGUGACCAUGCUGGCGGCUGAUGCCUAUGGCCCUGUCGAGGGCCCCAUGAAUUGGCGCCCGGGCGAGCUGUGUCUGAAGCGCUUGGCGCUGGCGAUUGCACAGGUGCCUGCGACUGGUGAGAAGGAGCUGCACGCCAGCGGCUUGUGGGUCGCCUGGCUUGCCGUCUUGCAGGACGUCAAGGCUGCGGCGAUUCUGGACAACAAGGAGAGUGGCGUGUCAAGGUGUCGAAGCUCAGCGUUCCGCUGUGGAAAGCUCUCUGUAUACAGCACUGGUCUGCGGGAAGAUGGAAAAGAGGAGGAUCGCCUGAAUUUGAUCGAGAAGUCCGAGCUCAUCCGAUUUUGCCCCAAGAGGCCUAUGGGAGACGAGGAGCCAUAUUUUUUCCGCCUCCUGAAGCUUCAAGGUACCGAGAAGGCUCCAUUCCUGUCGCUCUCAUGGCAGGGCGUGUGGUGGCGCGACGAGGAGAAGCAGAAUGAGACGUUUCACAGCAUGGAACCGCACCUCAAGGAAGAUGGCACAGCUGUCUUCACAGCGGAAGCUGGCUCCAGGAGCUUGUGUUCCAGGUAUGGUCAAUCCUGGUCCCUGGAGACAUCCGGGUUGUGCAAAGGUCGUGUCGAGUUCCAUUUGGAGCGGCAGGUCUUGCGCGUGGACUUGGCUCCCACCCUGCUGCUGCUGCGGCGGAUGGACCUUUUGCCCGUGCUGAGGCUCCUUCGAGAUGUGAAAGAACUCUCCGGUCUGGCAUUUCCCAAGGAGGAGGCAGACACGCCCAAGCCGGGGAUGAACGGGAACCAGGGUGCUCCGAGCUCUUCACAGGUUCGUUGGCAACUCUUCCUUCGUGCUGAUGUAGAGGCGCGAUUGGCGGAACUGCCGGGCUGUCCCUCCUUGAAGUUGCGCUGCACGCCGGCCCCGGAAGUGGUGCGCGGCACCGCCAAGACGGUGAUCCGACUGGAGGAAUUGUCAUUGGAACUCUUGGCAGCGGCUGCUGAAGGUCAUGGAGUGUAUGCCAAGGCGCUGGCCCAUUUGGGUUUGGACCACCUGCACCUCACUUUAUCUGAGACGCCCAAUGGCCGGGAGGUUAGCAUCGCAGUGAACAAGAUCACUGCUACGCAUGGUUGCGAGAAGCAGAUUUGGCUGCGGCAGAUCAACGAUAGUGGCCUACCUGCGCGUUAG